GAGGACAGUGCAGAUCUCAGGUGUCAGCUGCAGUUCUCUAAGGAAGAAUCCACCCUCAUGCGUAAGAAGAUGGCCAAGCUGGGGAGGGAGAAGGAAGAGCUGGAGCAGGAGAUCCAGAAGUAUAAGUCAGUCUACGGGGACGUGGACAGCCCUCUACCCCUGGCAGAGCUUGCCGGUGGUGGGCCUCACAGCACCAGGGAGGCCGAGCUACGGCUCCGGCUCAAACUGGUGGAGGAAGAGGCUAAUAUUCUGGGGAGGAAGAUCGUAGAGCUGGAGGUGGGUGGCCUGUCUUUUAACCCUGGGUGUGUCUGAAAAUGGCACCCUAUCCCAUGUAGUGCACUACUAUAGACCAGAGCCCUAUGCAGUACUUUUGAACAGGGCCCAGGGUUUAGGUCAAAGUAGUGCACUACAUAAGGAAUAGGGUGCCAUUGUCUUUUGUUUCACCUUUCUACAGCACCUUGAUUUCUUCCUGUAAAUGAAGAUCGCUUCAUAAUCAAAAUGAUCAUUAUUAUCAGGUGGAGAACCGAGGCCUGAGGGCUGAGAACGAGGACAUCCGCUGCCAGUACGAGAGGGACUGUUUCGGCCGGGAGCCGUUCGGCAGCAUGCCCUCCUCCCCGUAUGGCGGGGACGCUCUGGAGUCCGCCGGCGAGCUGCGGCGCCACCUACAGUUUGUAGAGGAAGAAGCAGAACUUCUCCGGCGGUCCAUCUCAGAGAUCGAAGACCACAACAAGCAGCUGAUCUCGGAACUGAACCGCUUCAAGUUCGGCCCGAGAGACGAGGAGGGCGAGGUCGGCGUGAUGAUGAUGAUGAAGUCCGGUAACGGGAGUAACGGUGGCGGCGGGGGUAACGGAAGCGGUGUGGUGAUGAUGGAGGAGCUGAAGGCAGCCAGGAUGCAGAUCAAUGACCUCAGUGGGAAGGUGAGGCAGCAUGAUGGACUACAGUACCCAUAAUGCUCUGUGUGAGGCAGCAUGAUGGACUACAGUACCCAUAAUGCUCUAUUAUUGUAUCUGGUUUUAUCUUAGGGUGCAUCCUAAAUGGCCCUUUAUAGUGCAUUACUGUUGACCCAAGCCCUAUGGGUCCUGGUAAAAAGUUGUGCACUAUAAAAGAAAUAGGGUACCAUUCAGGACGCACCCUUAGAAAAUACGUUCCUGAAGCUAUCAUAAUGUUGUCCCAUCUCUAAAGCGAACAUAAUGUUGUCCCAUCUCUAAAGCGAACAUAAUGUUGUCCCAUCUCUAAAGCUAACAUAAUGUUGUCCCAUCUCUAAAGCUAACAUAAUGUUGUCCCAUCUCUAAAGCUAACAUAAUGUUGUCCCAUCUCUAAAGCUAACAUAAUGUUGUCCCAUCUCUAAAGCUAACAUAAUGUUGUCCCAUCUCUAAAGCUAACAUAAUGUUGUCCCAUCUCUAAAGCUAACAUAAUGUUGUCCCAUCUCUAAAGCUAACAUAAUGUUGUCCCAUCUCUAAAGCUAACAUAAUGUUGUCCCAUCUCUAAAGCUAUCAUAAUGUUGUCCCAUCUCUAAAGCUAACAUAAUGUUGUCCCAUCUCUAAAGCUAACAUAAUGUUGUCCCAUCUCUAAAGCUAUCAUAAUGUUGUCCCAUCUCUAAAGCUAACAUAAUGGUGUCCCAUCUCUAAAGCUAACAUAAUGGUGUAAUGUCUCUGAAGCUAACAUUAUGGUGUCUCGUCUCUUCGUCCGUCCAGGUGAUGAAGCUGCAGUAUGAGAACAGAGUCCUGAUGUCCAACGUUCAGCGCUGUGACCUGGCCCAACACCUGGGCCUCCGCACCGGCUCUCCGCGAGACAGCGAUGCAGACAGCUACACCGGGCACCGCGACACCGCCGAGGAGGAAGAAACAGGGAGGCUCCUUUUACUUCACCCCAAGAGGGAGGGGCCUGUCGGCGGCGAGAGCGACUCGGAGGACCUCUUCGAGAAGACGACCACAACCUCGGGGUUUGGAAGUCACAAGCCCUCGGACGAGCUCAGCAGGUUCAGCGCCACCGAACUAUCUAAUCGUAGGCGAGAAGACCGCGAGACGUUCACGAAUGUCAAACGAGAAGCAGAGCGCCUUGGGAAGACCGUAGAUCAUCUCAUUAGCGACACGGACAGUCUGAUCUACGAGGGCAAGAUUCUAGUAACAGGGGACAGUUUGAGUCUGGCUCUGGAGGGGUUUAAAGGAGACACCACCCCCCUCCCCGAGCCCAAACCAGACUCACAGGUCCUGGACACUAUCAACACCCGUAUGAAGGCCUUCCGCACAGAGCUCCAUAUCUUCAUGGAGAAGGUGGAUCACCUGGGAGAGGGCCUGAGGGAGAGGGGAGGUGACCGGGAUCGGGGGGACGACCUGUCGCCCAUGCCCAACCUCACAGAGUCCAGUAGCUUCCUGUCCGGGGUCACCUCCAUGUCACGAGACUCGCCCAUCGGCACCCUGGGACGCGACCUGGUCACAGACUUCCAG